UCAUUCGAUCAUGUACUAUUUUUAUGUGUGCUGCCGACUUACACUAUGACGGAAGUAAAUUAAUAAAGUGUUACCAUCGGUCUCCCAUGUUUUCGGCAUUUGUGGAUAGUACAGUCCAGGCGACUAUGCUGUCCAGCAAACGGAGCCAUAAAAGCCAAAGGGAAAUGGCACCAGACUCAGUCAGCUUCUUCAGUAAGAUGCGCAAGAGCCUGAGUGGGAAACACUAUCACAGAAACAAUGGCGGCAGCUUCAUUGAUGGGACGCAGAUUAGAAGCAAGUCUAUGACAAUCCCUCAGAUGGACCUUGACACCGCAAUACCGUACGUGAGAGACUCACAAGUUGCUAAAACACGGCGUAGCAGUUACAGCUCCCCUGCGACUUCCCACGAGGAAAACGGUAAAGGUGUGCAGCCUGGACUCACUGCUGUACCAAAUGGUUCUAUGCAGGUGAAUGGCAAGGUGCUGAAUGGAACUCAUGCAGCCAUGGAUGUGAAUGCAAACGAUGCAGUCAAGAACGACUCCCUGGUGGAGACCAAACAAGCUGAAGUCAGCAUCUUUGAAAAACAGGGGGCGCGUCCCAAAAUGCGGAAGACCUUGACGCCCGAUGAGAGCACCAAAGCCUUCGACGAAAGUGCCUCUUUUGAGCAUGGAAAGGGUGGUCUGGAGCAAGGGAUGUUGCAGGCUUUGUCCUCGAGGGAGCCACCUUCUGUGGAAAUGGCUCAACCUCACUUUCCAGCUGUUGAGAUCAAUUGCAUCAGCUGCUCUGUUUCCAGGAAGGAGCAAUCGGACACUUCCUCUGAAACUUCCCCUGGAGAGAAAAAAGCCACGGUGCAAGCACCUCCUCAAGCGCCAAACUCCACUGAGCAACCUUCUGAGCCAGCAAUAAAGUUUUUUUCCCAAACAAGUGCUUUGCCCCACUGGGACCCUCCCCUGUCCACUCCUGAGGCUUUUGCUACGGUAACUCUGGGUUGUAGAACGGAAAAUCCCAGACCACAACUGAAAUCGGAUGAAAAUGUGGAAGAAAUUGAGCCAAACAGUCCUCCAGAACUACAUGUAGGAGAGGCUAAUUUUGAGGGGCAGAUUCUUACGGCAGCUGUAUUGCGCUCGAGUCAUUCAUCCUCUGAUGAAACAGAGGGCUAUCAGACCUCUUGUGUUUCCCCUGCGGAAAUUUCCAGCACUGAUCUGAAAUAUACCGGUACACGUAGCAGCCUACCAGGCAGUGGGCAAGAAGAAGUGAAUAGAGAGAGUGUCUCACUACUGACUUGUGGAGAUAGCUCAGUCCAAAGGUCUUCAGCAUGGAACACAGAUCAGACAGAUUCAAUACGAAUUAGCGAUGAAGCAUCAGUUACCAGAGAGGAAAAUUGCAUCGAAAAUGAUAAAUUGGAUGCGUUGAACAACAAGGGUGAAAUUGGUCCCUGUAACACCUUGAAAGAUGAGUGGAUUUCAGAGCCUAAAGGCAUCAUUGACCAGACCAUGAGGGAAACAAUAAUGGAUUGCGUUAGGGCUGCCCUUGUCGAAAGCGCAACCAAAGCACACAGCGAGGGACAGACUUGCAAGUCAGAUGGCGGCAAGCACUGCUCGACCUGCACAUGUGAGAAGCCAAAGCUGCAUCCUUUGCCUCCUCGUGGCAAACACCCCAACCCCACGAAGUCCAACCUGGUGCUGACCAACAUCCCCCUUGACACGCAAAUUAACGUUGGGGGCUCUCCGAAAUCCCCUAGGACCCCCCACAUCGCUAUGCUUGUCAACAGUAACGAACUGUUUCCAGAGGUGGACACAAAGGCAACAAGUCUGUCGGAGCAGGACCUUCACAUGAUUCUGAAAUGGAAUGACUUUUCCCUCCAACAAAAAGGCCCACGGGAAAAGGAGGGAUGUAAACUACCCAUUGAGUCACAUUACAGUGAGACCUCCAAGGCGAUGAAUGCAUCCCAACUAUCAGCUGGUCAGGAGAAAUCUCAGCACGUACAACUAGUUGCUGAUAACUCUCAGUGUAUCUUAGGUGCUACAGGAGGUUCUGAUAGUACUUCAAGCAGGAGCAAGGCACCUGUAGUUGAUAGGAGUUCCAAGCCUAAGGAGCUCAGCGAGCUGGCAAGCAGUGCCUGUGCCGAGGAGCCACCUCCCCUGCCCCCACGCUUGCCCACCACUAAAAAACCUGACCCCUUUGCGGCCUACCCGAUAUUUGAUGAUGAAGACGAUGACUUCCCAACUCAUGAGUUCCUGCACGAACUCAACAUGGACAUUUACACUGACCCCAAGACAGCAAUCAAGAGCAAAUCCCUGCCGCGGAACACUGUCCCGAGCCAACAGGCGUCUCCCCCUGAGCUGCGGGCAGCCAAGAGGGGGAAAUCAGUCAACAUGAGGAAUAGAUUCUCGCAGAUCUUUAAGCCAGGCAAUAAGAAAAAACGUCAUUCUACCCACGGCUUCCCUGACCGGCCCUUGCCUGACAUCCCACUCAAUCCCAGGCUUCCAAAGACCUGUGGGAAUGCCAGACUAAACAACACCUUGUUUGGGACAACGACAGGUGACAUUGUGUCCCAGCAGGCAGUGAAAGAAGGCUUGUUGGUGGAAAAUCCUUCCAGAGAAGAGGUGGACAAGGCAAGAGAACAGUUUGCAGUCAGUCUGCGCAAAAUUAGCGAGUAUGGAUGGUACUGGGGCCCCAUGAGCUGGGACGAUGCCGAGUCCCGAUUGGAGAACAUGCCAGAUGGGUCGUUCCUGGUCAGAGACAGCUCCGACGACAGACACCUGCUCAGCCUCAGCUUCCGAGCACAAGGCAGUACGCAUCAUACGCGGGUCGAGCAUCAUAAUGGCAAAUUCAGUUUCUGGUCUCAGCCUUGUAGCCAUGGCAGUGCCUCCAUCGUGGAGUUUGUUGAGGAGGCCAUGCGGCAUUCCCACAGUGGCCGUGUGCUGUACUUCCUGAGACCCCGGAUGCCCGGCUACCCCCCGGCUGCCGUCCAGCUCCUCUACCCAAUCUCCCGAUUCCAGAAGGCUCGCUCCUUGCAGCACAUGUGCCGCUUCGUCAUCCGCAAGCACGUCCGGCUGGAUCACAUCGACAGCCUUCCGUUGCCACGGCGAUUGAAGGAUUACCUGAAGGAGGCGCAAUACUACACGCAGGAGGACAUCUUACACUAAAGAUUCAAGUGACUGAUGUGUACAGGCACAAAGAAAUGACCUUUCAUGUUCUCAUCCGGUACUGGGAUCCCCUAGCACAUACGACAGCACAAGACAGGUUAUAGGCUUACAGUAUCGUGGUACAUGUAGGUAGACAACAUUGGGAUGGCAUCAAGGUGAAGCUUCAUGAUGUACAUGUAAAUUAUGCUGCUUUGUACUUAGAUGAGUCAUCGUUCUUAGAUGUAGAAAUGUACGUUAAAAACGUGUUUACUUUUACAGUGUAGUGCCAGAAUACCACAUACAUGUACAUGCGUGUGCAUACAGGUACAUGUAUUCAAUGUUAAUCUGAUUUUGUGAUUUUUUUUCUGCUGACCUUGUACUUGACCCGAACUGUGCUCAUGCUGGAGUUGAGCUGUGUCCACUGUGUGCACUGUUGGUCCUCUUGUCAGACAUUGACACAAAGCUAUAGCGUGAGGUGAUGAGCUUUGGGGAUGUUUUCUGUUGCCAACAAAAUAAUACUGCAUGCAACCAGAGAAGAGGCCACUUGUGAACUGAAGAGAAGGGCUGUGGUGAACUGUUGGUCCUCUUGUCAGACAUUGACACAAAGCUAUAGCGUGAGGUGAUGAGCUUUGGGGAUGUUUUCUGUUGCCAACAAAAUAAUACUGCAUGCAACCAGAGAGAGGUCACUUGUGAACUGAAAGAGAAGGGCUGUGGUGAACUGUUGGUCCUGGAGAUCAGAUGCAGUGUUCUCACUUCGCUCAUUCCCCACCUGGAAAGGGCAGAUGCAUUUCACAAACUUUUGUGGAGGACAUGUGUCAAACUAUCAACGUUCAUUGUUGGUUACUUGCUCCCCUAAUCCACCUGCACAUUUGGUGCGCACGUGGAAGCGUUGAACUUUGUUAUUGUUUAAAUGAACUCUGUCCAAUGAGUGCUAAGCAAAAAAUGUGCCGUGUAUUUGCCCUUCCCAGUGCCCUAAAUAGGCAGGUGGGGACGAGUGAAUGUUCCCAUGAGCAGUUGAUCUGACCAGAUUUUCAUUUGCAAGCUCAGAGAUUUUUGAUUUAAAUUUUUCUGCCACAAUUUAGACCACUUUUGGUGGUGUCCACUUGUGACGUACAUACAGUGGAACAGUUGUUGUCUGCUGGCUUUUUUUUUAAACUCAAGCAGUGCGGGUUACUCAUUUUUCUGAGACCACAGCAUUCGGCACCAGAAUUCCGUGAUAUCGCAUUAAGUGCCAAUCAGCCUGUGUACAUUCAUUUAAUUUUAUACUCACAAAACUGACACUUGAGUUAUGUACGGUGCAUGCAAAUACAUAUACAGCGUACAAUUGUGAAGACACAAUAGUUUUGGCAUCGCGAAUAUUUUGUAUAUAUAUAUAUGUGCACAUUUGCCUAGGGUCAUAACUGCAUACAUUAUGCUGAAUCAAAGGUUUGUUCCCCAAAUUCUGUGCAAUAAUUGUGGUGAUCCUGGGGUUCUUAAUAGUUGGUGUACAAAGCGCAAUUUGAUUUGGUUUUACCAUGUGCAUGAUAGCAGCUCGGAAGUCUUUGACUUGAUGGUGUGUGCUUGUUCCAAAGAAAUCCACACAUUGUCUCUGGAUUCUACAUCUCGGUUUUCCUUGAGUUUCCACCUGCAAAUUAGUGUCUGAAGCCUGCCCUCCUGCUAUGCCUUUUGGAUUGGAUGGCACCCAGGCACCCAUGCACCCUAGUGAGCAUCGGCACCAGUGCUGUACAUGUCUGUGGAGUUUAGCAAAGUUAUUAACUUAGUACCUGUAACCUUUGUGAGCGUGUGUAAAUUUGUUUGUGUGUUGCUCUUUGCAGUUAAGAGAAAAAAUAAGACACUGGUUUGUCUUGAUUGUUGCCUUUUUGAAAAAGAUUGACUCGGACCAAACAGUGAAGUCCAAUCCGUAUGCAAAUUCACUCAACAAUAAAUGAAAUUACAUAUUGUAUUAAUUUAAAUGUUUUCAUGGAAUGUUCGUAAAAAUUAUAUUUAGGUGGAUAUUACCUAGGCACUGACAUUCUACUUAUAGAUUGUAAUUAUGCUGUAACUUUUGUGAAAGGUUUUAGUAAAACUAUCUAAUGUUGGGCCAGAGGAAAAGAUAUGAAAAUAUUCUAAUGGCCUUCUCCCUCCGAAAUUGUACCUUUGGAUGGUAAAUAUUAUUUCAAAGAUAUGUGUGCAUGUACUUGUAUAGCGUGGUCCGUAAUUUGUUGAAAUUGUCACCUAAAAUUCAUACACAGUUAAUUCUUACAUGCUCCAUUACUUUCCCUGUGCACAACUGUGUUCCAUUUGACAAUCUCAUGACUCCUUGAGCUUACUCGGGUCUAGCCUAAGUAACCUACAUGUACUCGCCGAGCCAAUCACUUGGAAAAGUAUCCCACAAUACAAAUACAUGUACAAGCACAUGGUGGCUCAGUCAAACUUUGCAAAGGAAAUUUGAUACUGUUGUAAACAAAGCAGCGAAAUGGUCAAAUGUAGUGGCAGAUUGGCUGGAGUCAACUAAGUUCUGUGAAAGUAAGGCCAGACACACGUUUGGAUGUCUGUUACUUUCCACCAUUCAGAUUCACUUUACAUAUUAAAUCACUGUAUGACUUCUUGAUCUUGUUGGGGCACGUACAUGUAGAAUAACCCCAAAUAUUUGCUUAUAAUCACAUAUUGGGCAUGCCUAUCUAAUUCUAUGACAACACCACAGGUACAUGUACAUGUAUUGAGCAAGAGGGAAGUAAUUGAAUGCAGUAUUUAGUAUUGUUUGCCCCGUAGGCUCAGACGUAGACCAAUCCGAUUAGACACUAUAACUGCAGUGACACUACACUCACAUGCUUAUUCUUCAGUUUGACGUGCUGGUUCAUUUGGCAAAUCAUGACACCCAAUUGGUCAAAGAGGCAUGCAAUGUGCACAUUCCACCUGUCCACGAGCAUUGUGGGUUUGCAGUAAUGGCCUCUACAGUAAUUCAGGUCGUCAAGGAAGGCGAGCAAGACACAAGUGGCACAUACGUACAGAUAAUCACCAUUGUCAAGAGACUGAGACCAGGACGGAAAAAUUGUUGUUCUGUAUGUUACAAUUUAAUGAAGAUACCAAAUGUGACAAGGCAGAGCUGAAUACAUGUGCAAUGUAAAGAUAAAUGGGAGAGGCAUAUCUUAGUGGCUUUGUCAAUACUGCUCUUGUGCACAUACGUGCUAAUUAGUUAAAGUCGUGAUGUCCAUUGUUAUGACAACGGUGACAUUUUUAGAACAUACAUGUAUGCAUGAACCUACAGUUGCAGCCUUUUUGUGCAUUAUGGAUCAUGGUGAAAGCACAUGGGUUUGUUUUAUGCAGCUUAAUUGACUCCCGAGUUGUUCUUGGUAAAUUUGCCUGGCAUCUUUUUCAAUCUACAUGUAAAUGCACAUGUAGUUGGCACUUUCAAUUCCUAAAAAAAAAAAAAAUUAACAUGUCCCCUGGAGAAAGUUUUCCAUCAGAGAGGGUUCAGACUGAAAAGGAAGAGAAUAUUUCUGUGCUGUGUCCACUACAUGUACAAUUGGAAUAAGACUUGCAGGUUUUCAUAGUGAAAGAACUGUGAGGUUCUGAGAAGAACCGCACAUACUCAAGAAAGAGAUUGAUCCAUGGUGUAACUGCAAUCGUUUCUUACUCAUACAAUUGGAAUGUUUUUGAAAAGAAUACAAAGCUCCAUCCUCCCCAGUGUAAAGAUUCUACAUUCGUGAAAAUGAUGAAAAAUGCAUUGUUCCUCAUCAGGAUACAUUUACAUGUACAUUAUUCAGCACCUUCCAAAGGAAAGACGGUGGGACUAGAUUGAUUUCUCUUUAGCUAUUCGUGACAGAAAUUUCAGAUAGGUGUACUGUAAAUAUUCAUCAGGAAUUAAUGGAUGCCAGCUUCCUGUACGUGUAAAUUAUACAUAAUGUAAAUAUCCAGACCUGCUCAUGAACGUGAUACUGGCAAUAGCUAUAUUAGUCAGAACUGUAAAGUUGAGAGAACAUACCGGGGAACAUGUAUCGAAACCUGUGCUGAAAAGUGAUGACCAAAUAACACAGCCUCUUGUAAAAGAUAUACAUGUACAUGUAUGCCUUGCUAGUGUUGGGCAUUAAACCAAUUGCCUUUUGUUUGAAAUUAAGUAAUUCAUACAUUUGUUCCUCCCAUUUGUGUACAUGUAUUUUGAGAAUUGGUGUACAUUAAUUAUGGUAGUUCUUUAUCAGUUCAUGGAUUUACUAUUUUUUUGUUGGAUGAAACCUCAAUCCCCUUUUACUUCUAUUUCUUUCGUGUUUUCCUCUUCCUUUUUUUUUCCUGGACAGUUCUCUGUGACUUUCACCAAGAGGGUAGAACUUACAUGUGUACUUGUAUAAAUAUGUCGAAUGAUCUCCUGUCCUAGAUGUGCAUACAAGGAUGGCAUCCCGAUGACUUCAUUUUGUAGCAAAAGACAAGCAUUUAGUUCCAAUAACCACCACCAUUUGUCAUCUGUAUAGUGCUCAUAUUUUUGGAUCUGACAGAUUUUGAGAAGGAUUAUAUAUUUUCUAUGGGGGUAAAGUCAUCUGACCUUUUGCUUCUGCCGUGACUUGUGAAAAUUGGCAUCCAUUUAUCAUAGCAGUACAUUUGCCAUAUUCGUUCAUUUAGCAUAAUGGGCCACAUGCACUUUUUUGGGGGGGGACAAAACAUUUGGUCAUACCUGUAUUUCAAAAGGUAUCAUAGCGAGAAUUUGGAGAUGUUUUUCAGAUUUAAAUUGUUCAUCAAUGCUAAUCGGAGCUUUUAUCCUGGACAGAAACAAUGGCACUAACUAGAGUUUCCUGCUUGUACUGGGAGUAACAGUAUACUGUGACCGGAAGUUUAAUGUGUAAUUUCAUGUGUUACGACAAUUAAUGAAAUUCUGAUUUUCAGUUAUUGAUGUAUUUCUGCUUCUCUCAUUUACAUGUACAUGUACAAAGACUAGCAUACUGGGCAGAACAUUUUUCAACUGUAUGUUUACACUGUCAUGAAUACAGUGUAUAUUGUAGUAAAGACAGAAUCUUCAGAGUUCAUCAUGAUUCAUGUCAUUCAACAGGUGGGCAUACUAGAUGACAGAAUAACUCGUUGAUAGUCAGAAUUUCACAAUGCUGGUCUUGUAAAACUGGUUUCCAGCUGGACUGGUGAUCGGUGGGCUUUUUUUCACAAAAUAUAAACUGGAUGGCAGUGCCAAUGAUAAUUAACGGAACACUCCCCAAGGACACUGUUGUAUGCUUGUAUACAUGAUCUCUUUCAGGCUAUUUUGAAGACUGACAAUGCUGUUUCUGCAAACAAGUUAAUGUGUGUGGGAUUAAGUUACAUGUUCCCAAAUGUAAGAUGGGGAAGGGAAUAAGUUCCAAGUUUGAAACCCCCCAAGUUUGAAACCCCCCCCGCCAUGUUAACUAUUUGUAAAGCAUUUGUCUGUUGUGUAAAACUCUCCAGUGUUUUGAAAGUCACUGGAAUAGAUGAAGGAGUUCUGAAAAUGUUUCAAAAAUUUAUGCAUACAUUUACAGGCCUAAAACCAUUGUACAGUACCCAGAAAUGAUGGGUGCUGAUCACAUUAGACAAUGGUAUGUGUACAUGUGCACACAAUUGGCAUAGUAUUGGUACCACAGUGUGACGCCAUUUUGAAACAGGAAGUGUAAAGCAAAUGAAAGAGUAUGCCUGUGUUGGUUCAUGCACUAGUUUUCAUGCUAAUGCCUUUUACAUGCGGCAUUGUGCAUGUGACAUAUUCACUUUGGUACUCUUUAGGACACAAACCAAUUCCAGUUGCUUGGCCUAAAUUGACUGAAAGUUAUUUAAGGCGGAAAUUAAGUGUU